AUGGCGACGCCAGCUAAAGCCUUAGCAUUGGAGCAAAUAAGAAUGCAUCUUCUCGAAGAGUUUUCUACUAGAGAAAUUGCAUUUGCUACUGACGUUGAAAAUCAAAGCAGCUCUAAAAUAACUUUGUCGAUUUCUAGCUCCCUGACUCUCUCGGAUUCAUUUUGUUCUCAAUCUGCAAGCAAUGAAUCUCCAAUUUCUAUCUCUUAUUACUCUACAAUUUCUCCAAUUUUUCAAGCUCCCGAUCCUAUUUUUUCAAGCGAAAUCAACUUGGAGGAGAAUCUGCAUUAUAGAGGAGUCCGACAGCAUCCGUGGGGCAAGUAUACGGCAAAGAUCUGGGACCCCAAUCAGCGUAGCUCGCGUAUCUGGCUGGGGACAUUCGAUACUGCCAUUGAGGCUGCAAAAGCCUACGACAAGGUGGCUUUUGAGUUGUGCGACAGCAAGGCGAUUGUGAAUUUCCCUCUAGAGAUACAAAGCAUGGAGUUUAGAUCGUGCGCCCCCAUGGAAGUCGGACGGAAGCGGUCCAGCGAAGGAGAGAGGCGGAAGAGGAAGCCGCACUAG